AUGCCCACAAGGGAAGAAUGGAUCCUGUCGCAAGUCGCACCCACCAAAGAGGAGCUGUAUGCAGGCGACGGCUGCCACCUGGACGAAGCGAUAUGCCUAAUCGACUACCUCAACAACAACAUCACAGCCCAAGAAGCUGCAACCGCCAUAACCAAACCAGUUCUACAAGAAGAUGAUCCACAAGACCAGCUCUACCGUUUGAUGGCCCUUCUCUGCGAGGCCCCCGUUGAGCUUGCUGCCGACCGCGACAAAUUAUAUGAUCUGCUCUUUGCAAUUCAAGCGCUUCCACUCGAAGCAGGCAUCAACUGGGUAGAUCUUCCAGGUUUUGCAUCAAUGUGGACCGAUCUGCUUAGACUUGGUGUUUAUGGAACAGAUACCCGGAAGGAGGAAUCGCUCUCUGGUGACAGGAAAACAGAGCUACGCCAGCGCUUUAAAGCUGUUGGGACAGUCGAGGCAGAGCUGUACUUGCGCAAUCUUGGAGGUGUAUCAGAUGUUUGGGCUUACGAGACCAUAAACCAGGUGUGCUCUUGGCAUCCCGGGCUGGAUAUCGUCAUCACUGGAAUUCACGCGUGGCUCAAGGUCGCCGGAUCCAAGUUGAUGGCGGACAUGAAGCCAGAACACAUCCAAACCUUUUCGAGAGGCUGUAGGGGGAAGUGGGCCCGGAAGCAUGUUGUGGUAGACACUAUGGCUGGUUUUUGGGACCGUUGGAGGAGCACAUUCAUGCAGCUGAGCAAAGAUGAGGAGUAUCUCUCAGCAGAAUCUAGGAGGCUUGCGGCAGAGUGUCAUGAUCUGAUGCAGAGAGGAACUUGA